ACUGAACUCAUUUCCCCUAUAGCCUGGUAAGGUCAUUGUCCUCUCCAUACUGGCACCAGCGGGAGACUACUCACCUCGAGAUCUCAAAAGCCUCUACAUGAGGUUAGUAAUAUCCCUGAAUCCUGCAAUGAAUUAACUCUCUACUCCACUGGGUCCCAGGUCUGCCCCCAGAGAGUCAUCCAGAGAGUACCAGGGACCAUCUUCAGAAAACAAGAGGCAUUUGAUCCCCAAACUUAUUGAAUGAAAGCGCUGUUGUUUUUCUUUUUUGAAUAUAUAAAAGUAAAUACUCAAGCAGAUGGGAAACAGAACAGGAUAGUAAUGUCCUUAUCAUCAUUAACACCUUGGAUCAAGAAGAGGCAUUAAGCACACAGACUCACGCUUUGAUGAAAGCUGGGAGAAAGAGGUGCAUCAAAGGGAUCUUGAGGGCAAAGGCAGCCCUUCCCCUCCCAAUCACAUGCCCACCUCCUCUCACUGCAGCUUCUGUCUCAGGUCUUCUCCCAGCAGAGCUAUAAAUCCAGGCUGACUCCUCACUCCCCACAUAUCCACUCCUGCUCUCCCUCCUGCAGGUGACCCCAGCCAUGAGGACCAUCACCAUCCUUGCUGCCAUUCUCCUGGUGGCCCUGCAGGCCCAGGCUGAGUCACUCCAGGAAAGAGCUGAUGAGGCUACAACCCAGAAGCAGUCUGGGGAAGACAACCAGGACCUUGCUAUCUCCUUUGCAGGAAAUGGACUCUCUGCUCUUAGAACCUCAGGUUCUCAGGCAAGAGCCACCUGCUAUUGCCGAACCGGCCCUUGUACUAACCGUGAGUCCCUCUCCGGGGUGUGCAAAAUCAGUGGCCGCCUCUACAGAUUCUGCUGUCGCUGAGCUUCCUAGAUAGAAACCGAAGCAGUGCAAGAUUCAGUUCAAGGUCCUGAAAAAAGAAAAACAUUUUACUCUGUGUACCUUGUGUCUUUCUAAAUUUCUCUCUCCAAAAUAAAGUUCAAGCAUUAAA